CCGCCGAAGGCUGCCGAGCGGGGGUCGUGCUGCUCCGGCGGCCCGGCCGGCGUUUCCGGAGAUUGCCGAGGGGCUUCGGCCCUUCCCCAGCCGCCGCUAAGCCCGUGACCGAGGCGCGCCGGUGGGGUCGGAGCUCGUCGCGCCCCUUGCUCUGCUCGCGGCGUGGGGCUCGACCUCCUCCUCUCCUCCCGUCUUCGUCUCCGGCAGCGCCGGGCGUCGCGGUGACAGAGCGGGGCGAUCGCGGCGGGGGGCGGCCGGGGCUCCGGCGGCGCGGAUGGCGGAGGGCGGCCAGCCCCCGCAGCAGCAGCAGCCACAGCCGCAGCUCCUGGCCGGCGGCGGCGCGGGGGCCGCCCGCGGCGUGAAGCGGGAGCCGGAGCUGGAGCAGCCCAUGCCCGGUGGGGACGGCGCCGAGGGCGGCCACAGCAAGCGGCUGCGGACGGAGGCGGAGGCCGACGGCGGCGGCAUGCAGAACGAGCCUCUGACUUCAGGUUAUCAUGGAUACCCAGCAAGAGACAAUCAAGGUAACCAGGAGCCAGCAGCAACUCCUGAUGCAAUGGUGCAGCCAUUCACCACAAUCCCAUUUCCGCCACCCCCACAGAACGGGAUUCCCACAGAGUAUGGGGUGCCACACACUCAGGACUAUGCAGGCCAGACCAGCGAGCACAAUCUGACACUCUACGGAAGCACGCAGCCGCAUGGAGAGCAGAGCACGAACACAGCCAGCACGCAGAACGGAUCUCUCGCACAGACAGAAGGAGGGGCACAGACAGAUGGACAGCAAUCACAGACACAGAGCAGUGAGAAUACCGAGAGCAAAUCCACUCCAAAGCGACUUCAUGUGUCUAACAUUCCCUUCCGCUUUCGAGAUCCUGACCUUCGGCAGAUGUUUGGGCAAUUCGGCAAAAUCCUUGAUGUAGAGAUAAUCUUUAAUGAGCGUGGCUCGAAGGGAUUCGGGUUCGUAACUUUCGAGAAUAGUGCUGAUGCAGACAGGGCCAGGGAGAAAUUACACGGCACCGUGGUAGAGGGCCGUAAAAUCGAGGUUAACAAUGCCACUGCACGAGUGAUGACCAAUAAGAAGAUGGUCACACCAUAUGCAAAUGGUUGGAAGUUGAGUCCUGUGGUUGGAGCGGUGUACGGCCCUGAGUUAUAUGCAGCGUCCAGCUUUCAAGCAGAUGUCUCGCUGGGCAAUGACGCCGCAGUGCCCCUGUCAGGAAGGGGGGGUAUUAACACUUACAUUCCUUUAAUCAUUCCAGGCUUCCCCUAUCCAACUGCAGCCACCACAGCAGCCGCAUUUCGGGGAGCCCACCUGAGGGGCCGAGGAAGGACAGUGUAUGGGGCAGUCCGGGCGGUACCUCCCACAGCCAUCCCUGCCUACCCAGGUGUGGUUUACCAGGACGGAUUUUACGGUGCUGACCUCUAUUUGACUGAAGAAAUGUUAACAUCCCGCUCUAAAUCUCUCAGUGGAGUCUCUGUUCCCUUCUCUGAUAUAACAGAUGGGGUGGAUACGCAGCCUACAGAUAUGCACAGCCUGCUACUGCAACAGCAGCCACAGCCGCUGCAGCCGCUGCAGCAGCUUACAGCGAUGGUUAUGGCAGGGUGUACACAGCAGAUCCGUACCAUGCCCUUGCCCCUGCCGCUAGCUACGGAGUUGGCGCUGUGGCGAGUUUAUACCGAGGUGGCUACAGCCGAUUUGCCCCCUACUGAAGUGACGUGAGCCCCCUGCAAGUGGGACAGCCCCCCCAGUUCAUGAGGCCUGGCUAUUGCAAUAUUUACUAGUAGAGGAACUCUAUAGCAAGAUGAGGAGGAAAAACAAAA